GCUCGGGGAUUCGAUCCAGCAACCUUUCGGUUACUGGCCCAACGCUCUACCCACUAGGCUCCCUGCCGCCCCAAUAUGACAAAUAUGGGGGAAAAAUAGUUGUUGUGUGUUGAUGCAAUGUCUUCCACUAUAUUCUCAAUCCCUCGUGGGACCAACUGCUUAUCUAUUGGUCCUGUGGCGACUCGCCUACUCAGGAAUGGAAGGUGCUCAACCAACAAGUCUGAACAGUUUGCAACGGCUGCCUGGGGGGGGAAUUACUUCCAGACUGAAGUACAGUCCUUCAGUUUCACCAGGUCUGCACACGGAAUAAGAGCUUCCCUUCCCUUAAACAGACUCACUCGGCGUUGAGGACUCUGGAGGACUGCUUUUCCUUCUUAAGGAUUCGGACAGGAUCAGGCUUUGACUGUAAAAAAAGGGGACCGGUUUUGCCAGUUCAUAUUAUGGAAGAGGAUCUUCUGAAUGAUAACUGCACAGCAGACAAUCUGCCCUUGUAUACAUUCUACGCCUCUGUGAUGAUUGUGGAGUUCACCCUGGCUCUGCCUCUUAACCUCUCAGUGCUUUACCUCUUCAUCUUCAAGCUGGAGUUCUGGAAACUGAACUCCAACAACCUUUUCCUGUUCAAUCUCGUGUUGGCUGACCUCCUUCUGCUAGGCUGUUUGCCAGUGAACGCCUACAAUUUUCUUCGCGGAGAGCGGCAGAGUACGGACGGAAAGAUCUGCAAAGCCAUGCUCUUCAUGCUGUUUCUGAACCGAGGCGCCAGUAUCGGCUUCCUGGCUGUGAUUUCACUCGAUCGCUACUUCAACGUGGUUCAUCCUGGGAACAAGGACUUUGUCCUCAAAAAGUCCCCUCAUAUAUCUGUCGUCAUCUGGCUAGUACUGCUUCCUUUGACAAUCCCCACCAUGCUGAAGACCGGCUGCUGUAGCAGUCAUGGGGACGUCACUGACACUCUGAGAGAGGUUGUGUUUUUCACCCAGAUUCUCAUCCCUUUCUUUGUGUUGGUGUACUGCACGGUCCGCAUUGUCAACAGACUCAAAAAGAAGACAGUAGGUGACAGGACCAAGCUGCGUCGAGCAGUGUUUCUGGUCACCUCUGUCAUGCUGCUCUUCUCUUUCUGUUUCCUGCCUUGUACCAUCGCUAGAAUUGUUCUGUUGAUUGUCAGAGCCAUGGAUUUAGAGAAUGCUGAGAAUAUAGCUGUUCAGGUCUAUGAUGGUUUCAUAGUUUUUUCCCACAUGGACUGUCUAGUGGACCCAAUUGUGUACUGUUUAAGCAGCACUAAGUUCAAACGCCUCUACCUGACAACGUAUUGCCCCUGUCUACUGAGAAACAACGCAGAAACGGUUGAAAGAACAAACCCGACACGAACCAACUUAAAUCUAAAACGCAACAACAACACACUGUAGCUAGUAGUCUAAAACGCAACAACACACUGUAGCUAGUAGUCUAAAACGCAGCAACAACACACUGUAGCUAGUAGGUAAUGAUACUUCUGGGUGUGGGCGUGGCCACAGUUUUUAAAGAGUUUCUUGCGGUUAUACACUUUCAUGGGGCUGAGAAUUUUCUUGUAUAAAAAAAAAAGAGAAUUUCCUGCAAUUCUACACAUUUUACCAUGGCUUAUGUCAUAUAACUAAAACUUUGUUAAAACAAGUCUAUUGGGGCCCCAUGCCAGGACAUUUUUUAAAAACAUUUUAGAUUCUCUCGGACUGUCUAGUUUUUUAUUUUGGUGAUGGUUAGUUCUCAAAGAUUAUCUUAUUUAAAAAGAUAUCGCUCCGUUUGUCUUUUCUACAUACACGGUUUUAGUCGUUUUAAGUUCACACUGAAAACGUUUUUACCAUGUUCAUCUGUUUUGAUGUGGCGGCCCGCCGCUGCUAAAUGAGUAUAGGGGAAGCACUGGCAUGUUCAGCUUUUGUUUGCCAAAUCAGACUGUGAUUCAAUACUGGUUUAUGUUAUGAUCAGUCAUUGGUUUCCUUCACCUGUGAUAUCAUCAUGUUAAACAGAUCAUCAUGAUGCUGUUACUAAUUGUCUGUGUCAAAUAAAUAUUCUCCUCAAA